UACCAAGGCCGCCGCGCAGACAAGCUGCGGCUGCCGAGGGAUCCGUUCGUGUCUGAGUUGUGAGCAGGCCAAGGGCCCGGUUGCUGUGGUGCCCAAGUGUCAGCGGUGGAGGACUCCAUGGAUGGACAUAUCAGAAUGGGAAAUGGAAUUAAAAUGGGUGGCCACAGGGAGAUCCCACUCGUUCUGGUGGAAGGAGUAUACAUACUCAGCGAAGCGGUCUCCCAGUCAACGUCGGGUCUCACUGAUAUACAGGAGGUCACACCAGGAGCACGGACCGCAGUAAAUGACUCCAAAAGACCCACAGAGAACAUACCACUUCACUUAUCAUCCCAAGUCAGGCUUGGCAGUUGGGGAUGACUCCACAUGUCUGAGUGGCUGGGCUUUUCCAUUUCCUGGCGUAUUUUUAGCAGAAAAUUUUGUGAAUGAAGAGGAAGAAACAGAGUUGGUGAACCUGAUGGAUAACAAUGAGUGGAAACCUUCCCAGUCUGGACGAAGGAAGCAGGACUAUGGCCCAAAGGUGAACUUUAAAAAGCACAAGUUGAAAGUGGGAUGUUUCAGUGGUCUACCAUGUUUCAGCCUCUUGCUUGUGAACCGAAUGGCGCAGUACAGUGUCCUGGAAAACUUCCUUCCUGUGGAACAGUGUAACCUAGAUUACAGACCAGAGCAAGGCUCUGCCAUUGAUCCACACUUCGAUGACUGGUGGCUGUGGGGCAGACGUUUGGUCAGCAUUAAUUUGUUGUCUGAAACUGUGUUAUCAAUGACCUGUGAUUCAGAUGAUUUCCUCCAGCUACACUUGACUGAAAUGGGACAAAACGCACAGCAAUAUGAUCCCAUAAAUGGUAAUUCAGAAAGCAUUUUUGAUUUCAAUGUUGAUAUUCCAGGUCCCUGCAAAAAUCAAAGAUCUGUACCUUCCAAUGAUGUAGAGGUGGCAAUUCAUUUACCAAGGCGAUCUUUAAUUGUUUUGUAUGGAAAUGCACGAUAUAAAUGGAAACAUGGAAUUUACAGACAAGACAUCAAGUCAAGGCGAAUUUGCAGUACUUUUAGGGAGCUAUCAGAAGAAUUUGUCAAGGGAGGGAAACAAGAGGCACUUGGGAAGGUGCUCUUGGAUAUUGCAUUCAGCUUUAAGGGUGUUCCCGGAUAAUAUUAUUGCUGAAACAUCAAGAAGGAAUGAUUGUGAUUAUAGAACUCACUCUGGGAUAUGUACAUUUAAAAACUUGGCUUAAGUUAUUUUAUUCCCUCUCCCUACCAUGCAGCCUGGUUUUAAAUAACUGCUCUAUAUUUUUACAGAUUAAAAGAGUGAGUACAAGAAUCAUGAAUUUUGAUUUUGUUUCCUCAACUGCCCCAUUGGGGGAAACUGCUUUCUCUAUGCAGAAUUAUGUAUUGUUAAUCACACUAUUACUGAGGAUACCUGGAAGACAUUAUGGUGUUAAAAUCUUGCCCUGAUAUUUACUCUCAGGCGGUCUGUCAAGAUCGGGGAUGAUUUAUUUUCAUUCCAUUUUGGUAGGUUCUGAAGUGGCUGUUGAAGUCAGUGUGGGACUGGAUGUACAAAUAAGUAGUUUGAAAGCCGUCCUACUAUGCUGUUUUUUUGUGUUAUUCCGAAUGCAAGGACGCGAGAUUCUCAAUGCUGCCCCAAAUGCGUCUCCUCCAUUUUAAGGGUUGUCAUGGAGCUUUGAGAACAUACUUGAAAAUUUUCUUCCCAUCUGGAAUCUCUUGCAUGACAACUUUGAACUCAAUGUCUGUUUAAGACUCUAAUGUUGGCCCUGUGAAUGUUGUGGCCUGCCUAGUGUAGCCAACCUGGGGAUAAUUUGGGCCUCCAUACUGAGAAACCAGUUAAGCAAUGGAAGUUUUGGAAAUUCUUUUGCCAAAUAAAUUUUAGUUUAAAUUGAUUUCAAUUUUCUUUGUUCUGUAUUUCAUCUUGGUAUCAUAGAAUAAGGACAAUGAGUGCAAGUCUGGUUUUAAUAUUGCACUCUGUAAAGUUCCAUGUUCCUUUUCUAGACGGUAUUUUUGUUCCUUGAAAGACUGAUUUCUUUUCAAUUACUCCAGACAACAAAGAUUUGGCUUCAGAAUACUUGUGAGUAUAUCAUACGGAUGUUGUGCUUAUGAUCAUGAAAAUCACAAUGAAAUUUCCCAAAUCAUACACUUUUUUUUGUAAUUACCUAUAUUUGUUCUUUCAAUUCAUAAUUCAAGUCAAUUAAAAUGUUGCCCACAAUGUAAGCCAAAACAUUUUCUGUCUUGUCCAGGUAUGCCUGAGUAUGCUUAGGUAGGACGGAUGCUGCGUGGCGUGACAUCACAUGCACACUGUUCUAUGGAUUACCUUUACAUGUAUAUUGAUUUGCAAUCUCGUCGAUGUGCAUGUUCUAUGCACAGCAUUUUGUGUGUACUAAUAAUACAAUGAUGCACUUUCAGGAGUAUUUGUGAUAGCAAAAUGACUCACCAUGCUUAAAUCUCAAAGACUGAGCAGGAAUCCUCUUAUCAAGAAAGUCCAUGAGCUCUACUUUGGGUAUGAAAUUGGUGACCAAGACAAAGCCUGUACUUCUCACAUUUGGUGUAUUCCCAUUGAGACUUAUUUCCUACAAAUCUUGGCGCAGUCAGUGACGAGCCUGGUGAAAGGACCUUGCAUUCGUGGAGAAACUGGAAUCCAUCAAUGCUGGCUGAUUAUUGUUAGACACAAGUGAGAAGCCGUCAGACAAAUCAUUUUUACAUUUUACACCAAAAUAUUUUUGGCUUAGUUGAACUAUUGCAAA